AAAAUCGUACAACGAUUAAUAAAAAAAGAAAUUGAAGAUUUCAGAACGUCACGAGAGUACGAAUUAGUGUGAAUGAAACGGUGAUGAUGGCAGCGGUAGCAACAGUCAAUAAUGGCCGACAAUGUACAAGUGGCGCGAGCGAGAGGAUUCAGUCUGUCGACGCACUUCCGAGAUCACUUUUCAACUACCUGCUCACCUUCCAAAGUGUCAAAGAGAGAUCGAUAAACUGCAGAGCUUCAAACACGAGACGUUUCGUACAACUGGGCAUGUUAUUGGCAAAUAUGGAAAGGAUGUGUCUGUUUUUGAUGGUGAUCUAUGUUUUGCUCGUUAAUAAAAGCGUCGAUGCUGAGACUUUCACUCUGGGCUAUAUCACUGGUUCGAAACGACGUGAAACGGAUUAUGAAUAUCAACGUCCCGGUUUACUGAUAUCCGGUGCAAUAACACUCGCCGUGGAGGAGGUAAAUGCCGGUGAGCUUGGUCGGCGAGGGCAUAGUUUGAAUUUUAUUGUUUCCGAAACAUAUGGAGAUGAAGAGAUUAGCAUUAAGAAUACCGCUGAAUUAUGGAAGAAAAACGUUAGCGCAUACAUUGGUCCUCAGGAAACUUGCGUCCACGAAGCCAAAAUGGCGGCAGCUUUCAACCUUCCAAUGCUAUCAUACUUUUGCACACAUAACGAAACGUCGAAUAAAAAGGAAUUCCCAACUUUUGUUCGGACAAGACCACCAGAUAGCCAAAUCAUAAAAUCUGUAAUAUCAGUACUGAAACUUUUCAAUUGGUACAAAGUUACCUUUUUAUUCAUGAACUCAACAAUUUUUGAAUUCAAUAAAAUGUCCACACUUGCAACAACAAUGAUAAGAUCUUUUGAAGCAGCUGGCAUUAAUUUCAAUUACCGUCGUUCGUGGAACGAACCGUAUCACAUGAACUAUACGAAAAAUCCGUUCUAUAAACUUGUUCACGAAACAUAUCGGCAUACUCGAAUUUAUGUAAUACUUGGACAUUAUUACGAACAUAUGGGUCUCUUGAUAGCUCUGGAGGAAAAGAAUCUCCCGAAUAAAGGUGACUAUUUUGUCGUCGGUAUUGACAUCGAGCAAUACGACGAUCACCAACCAAAAAAAUAUCUUAAAGGCUUGUGGGAAACGAAAUUAAACAAAACAAUAAAAAUAUUUAAGAAUUACUUUAGUAUUAUGGCUUCCGCCCCAAUCAAUUUUAAAAACUUUAGUCAACUUGUUAAUAAGUACAGAGAGAAACCGCCAUUUAAUUUUACAAAUCCAUCAGCCAACGUCGGAGGAAUAGUUCAGAUUGUGCCGGAGACAGCGUAUCUCUACGAUGCAGUGCAUCUGUACGCUACAGCUCUAGUAAAUGCCCUCGAUAACAAAAAAGACCCGAGAAACGGAAAAGAGAUGAUGGAAAAAUUACGAGACACUUAUUAUAAAAGUGCAAUGGGAUAUUUGGUACACCUGGACGAAAACGGUGAUGCCGAGGGCAACUAUACAUUGGUUGCCUUGGCCAAUGUAACGGGUUAUGGUCUUUACCCGUUUGGUUAUUUCAUUGCAAAGCAACAAGGAACAAAUUUACCAAAUCUUCGAUUACAUAAGGACAUAUCAUGGUUCGGAAAAGGACCACCAAAAGCAGAACCUUAUUGUGGCUUUUAUGGUGAAAAGUGUAAUCCUCAUAAUGGCAAAAUUAUAAGCGGAAUUAUUGCAUUGAUUUUAAUUAUUAUGACAGUUAGUUUGAUUUUUUAUAAAAAAUGGCAAUCUGAACAAGAUUUGGACAAUCUCUCAUGGAAGAUAAAUUAUAACGACAUUAUGUUAAUCAAUGAGGGACGAAUUGAAACGUUAUCAACCAGUGAGACGUCAUUAAAUUCAAAUUUAGAUAUAGAUUUCCCACAUUCCGUAAUAUAUACUCAAGUUGGAUAUUUCAAUAAUCAAAUUUUAACCAUUAAAAAAAUGAAAGGGUAUAUCGAAAUUACAAAAAACCUAAAUAAGGAAUUAAAAAUGAUGCGUAAUGUUAGACACCAGAAUUUGAACUCUUUUAUUGGUGCUUGUAUCGAAUCAUCUAACAUAUACAUGAUCGUCGAUUAUUGUUCACGUGGUAGCCUCAAAGAUAUUUUGAAGAACGAUAAAAUAAUACUCAAUAAAAUGUUUAUAUCGUCUAUUGUUUUCGACAUCAUUAGAGGUAUGAUAUAUCUACACGGAUCGGUAAUUCAGUUUCAUGGAUCGUUGAUUCCUUCUAAUUGUUUAAUCGAUAUAAAAUGGACCGUAAAACUAUCAGAUUUCGGACUACAACAAUUAAGAAUAAAUAAAGCAUUCGACUUUACUCACAUCAGGAACGACGACACAAGAUGGCAUGGAUUGCUGUAUAAAGCACCUGAAUUAUUACGUAUUACUCGUGCCAAACAGCUAAAGGUUCAUGAUUUUAAAAGAGCGGACGUAUAUUCAUUUGCCAUAAUUUUGUAUGAAUUACAUGGACGACAUGGACCAUUCGGUAUCACGGAUUUAACAGUAGAUCAAAUACUACAAGGAAUCGUAACAAAUAAUGAAUUACUUAGACCUCCAUUGGAUCAAGUAGAAAAUAUGCUCGAUUUCGUUCGUGAUUGUUUGCUUGAGUGCUGGUCAGAAAAUCCGAAGCUUCGUCCGGACUUUAAAUCGAUAAAAGACAAAUUGAAUCCGUUACGAGAUGGCAUAAAAAAGAAUAUCUUUGACAAUAUGAUGGCGAUAAUGACAAAACAGUCAAAUCAUCUUGAAGUACUUGUUGAUGAACGGACGAAACAAUUAGUAGAAGAAAAAGUAAAAACAGAUGCUUUACUAUAUAAAAUGAUACCGCCUUCCGUAGCCGAAAAACUAAAAAUGGGACAAGAAGUAGAGGCUGAAAGUUACGACUGCGUCACUAUUUACUUCAGUGACAUAGUUGGCUUUACAUCGAUGUCUGCAAAAAGCACACCAUUAGAAAUGAUAACCUUUCUCAAUGAUUUAUACACGUGCUUUGACUCGACGAUAGAACCAUUUGAUGUUUAUAAGAUUGAGACCAUAGGAGACGCUUAUAUGGUUGUGAGCGGUUUGCCGAUGAGAAAUGGUAUUCGACAUGCAAGAGAAAUAGCGAACAUGUCGUUGACUCUUUUAGAAAUCAUAAAGCAGUUUACCAUUCGUCAUAUACCGUCUGAUGAACUAUUACUUCGCAUAGGAAUACAUUCCGGUCCAGUAUGCGCUGGCAUCGUUGGAUCAAAAAUGCCACGGUACUGUUUAUUUGGUGACACAGUGAACACUGCUAGCCGUAUGGAGAGCACAGGAUUACCGCUGAGAAUUCAUUGCAGCCUUGAGACAAAGCAGCUGCUAGAUGAGCUGGGAGGUUUUAGACUUGUCGAACGAGGGUCGGUUUUCAUGAAGGGAAAAGGCUUACGUUUAACAUAUUGGUUGAUCGGAUCAAAGUCAAUAAGCGAAUCUGACGAGGAAACACCAAGCAACGAUAACAAAAAUAAUAACGUGACAAUUGUUUCGGUUCAUAAAAGUUCUCCGAAAAACGAAUCUCUCGUUAAAUCAACUUUCACGAGAUGUUCUAACGAUUUUCCACAACGUUUGCAAACUAGCAGUUUAAAUCAGCUUGAUCAAAAAGGCUCCAAAUCAGAUACGAUAAUCGAUAUUAGCCCACGCAAAAUUGCAUGCGAGUUACGAUUGUCCUGCUCGGAAAACUGGCAAUCCUCCAGCAAUUCGUGUCCCUGCAUCAAGCAUCUGUUCAAUCAGGAAGCCCAGUCGGAACAGAUAAAACAUGAAUUGUCGUCAAAUAUCAGUAAUGCAUCGCUGCUUCACAGUUGUAAACUUAAGUUCGGCGACAAGUCAUGUCUUGUACAUCCUGCAGCCAAUAGUUUCCGCUUCAAUGCCCUUAGAAUAUCCCAAUUUACUUAUAACUCAAUAUCCAACAGCAUGCCUGAGCAUACCAUAAUAGAAAUGGACACUCCAGAAAGACUGACGCAGUCGUACCAAGAAAUCGAUAGAUUGAAUGCCAAUACACCACUACUCUGUUAUCCAGGUGGUCACUUAGAUUCAAAUUCUUUAAAUCAAAAGCGAUAUUAAUACCUUAA